UUUCCUCGAGGUGUUGGAGGGUGCUGAAUGUACACCACCAGGUUAGAAUAACUAAUGCUAAUGUUGCCUCUUUAUUGUGAAGAUAAAAAGGGGAAAUAAAUGCUUUUCAUUCAUGUAUGCAUUCCUAACACUUCCAGCCACCCCUGCUGAAGUCAGACUCGGUUCUGCCACCCAAGUUAUAAAAGUCUGGCUACGCCACUGGACACAGUAGGCAGUAAUCCUCCACAGUGUUACAAAUAAAUGUGAAUGGUCAUAGCUCGUACUUAUUACCCUGUGGAAACAGGUCUAUGCCAUCUGGAGGUCCUGAGGAAUGAGGAUAUAACAGUCUUGACUGCUUGGACACAUCCUACUUCAUAGACCUGCAGCAGUACGGCGGCGAGUUUGAGAGAUUUAAACAAAGACUUUGAGUUUGGAGAAUGAACGCCAGCAACCAGGAAAAGAGGAUUAUCCACUUCUCCAGUGGUGAAACUAUAGAGGAGGAAGACAGCGAGGAGGAAGAGGAGGAGGAGGAGGCACCAGAAGGAUGUCCGUUUAAAGAACCUACAGAAAGGGCUAGAUUUUCAUUCAAGAAGGUGGCCAUUCUUGUUGGGAGGAUUUCACUAAUGACUUGUGACUUCCUAGGAGAAAGGCUAGCUGGCGCCCUAGGACUGAAUGCAGCCAAAUACCAAUACGCCAUAGAUCAUCAUGAUCAUAACCACAAGACUCAGAAAAGCCAGACCCCGGACAAUCCCAUGGAAGAAGAUGCAGAGAUCCUCCAUGUCUCUCAUGGACGGGACGGGAGUCAUUAUGGUGCCACAGGAGAUUCAGGAUGCCCUGCUGAUUCCCAGAAUGAGAAAACAAAUGAAGGACACCACAACAGAAGCUAUCAAGCAGAUGUGGAAUAAGACUGAAGGAAGGAAAGUUUUAAUUGAGUUUAUCCAGGAGGAAUUGUACAAUGUAUGAAUGAGACAAUAUGUAUGUGGGUCAAUCUGUAGAGUAUUAGUUAAUAACUUUUCUAAGAAAAAAAUCCAUCUGACAAACUAAAAGAUUUCAAUGACAGUUAAAAGUAAAGCAUGAGGUAAGAUUGUGAUGUAACAUCUGUAAACGUUUUCACUGCAUCUAAUUAUUAUUGUACCUUGUAUUGUUAUUGUACCUUAUUCAAUUACAUGUGACAAAUAAACAUGAUUAUUAAGCCAAAA